AUGACAAUACGUUUUCUAUCUAUCUAUCUAUCUAUCACAAUACAUUUUCUAUGUAUGUAUGUAUCUAUCUACCACAAUACGUUUUCUAUCUAUCUAUCUAUCUAUCUAUCUAUCUUCUCAUUAUCUAAGUCUCUUUAUUCUCAAUCUAUCUAUCUAUCUAUCUAUCUAUCUAUCUAUCUAUCUACGUUUUCUUUCUUUCUUUAUCUAUCUAUCUAUCUAUCUAUCUAUCUAUGCUCCAUUCUACUAUGGAAAACCUUCAUUUUUUUCUUAUCUGUUUGUUUCUUUCUUUCUUUCUAUACUUGUUUCUCCUUGUAUGUGACUUUCUAUCUGUCUCAACCUGUUCUCUCUCUAUAUAUCUAUCUAUCUAUCUAUCUAUCUAUCUAUCUAUCUAACGAAACGUGUUUCUUUCUAUCUCUCCCUCACUCUCUCUCAGCCUGUUUCUUCCUUUCUAUCUAUCUAUCUAAUUCUGUUCAUUCUGUUCAUCUAUUUAUCUAUCUAUCUAUCUAUCUAUCUAUCUAUCUAUCUAUCACAACCUACUUCCUUCUAUCUCAACCCAUACCUAUCUAUCUAUCUAUCUAUCUAUCUAUCUAUCUAUCUAUCUAUCUAUCUAUCACGACCUCCCGUUUCUAUCUAUCUAUCUAUCUAUCUAUCUAUCUAUCUAUCUGCUUACUGUAA